AUCUGAAGCAAGUUAACUCGGAAAUAAGGGUCACGAAUUCAGUCAGAUUACUUUCAGAAAAGCGCACAACUAAUACACUGCCUAGGAACUUCUCGACUCGGAUUUCGCGCCCGCCGACAGGUUUUAUGCGGAGCGCACUUCUACUUCCUGUUCUUUUUUCUACUGCUCUCGAAGCCGCUCCGUAUUCGUGCUCCUCCAAGGCUUGUCUCUCCGGGAACUGAAGAAGCGGUUUAUGCUAACACGUGCAGGUUUGCUGUUGGACUUGGAAGGCAAACGGCAUCCAAUUUCAGUUGUAAUUAUGGAGCAGAAUACUUCUCAUUUUCAGUCUGAAGUUGAUUUCUGCCCUGAUUGUGGUACAGUUCUGCCUUUGCCUGGGAUCCAAGAUAAGGUUACGUGUCUCUGUUGUUCCUUCUCCAUUGAUAUCAUGGAAUUUGAAGGGAGAGAGAUCCACACAUCCAUCAAAUUCAGUACUAUAGAUGCCACGUCUGAAAGGAAAAUGGAUGAGGCGAACGAGAUCAAAGGCCCCUUGCUUGACAGGAACUGUCCCCAGUGUGGGCAUGAAGGCAUGGUAUAUCACACCCGGCAGAUGAGAUCAGCCGAUGAAGGACAGACAGUCUUCUAUACCUGCCCCAGCUGCAGAUUCCAAGAGAAGGAAGAUUCUUGAUCAGACAGCACCUACGUCCCCUCGGGCACAUCUGAACAAACUCUCUCUUCUUGAUUUAGAAACUCUCCAGAUCCCAGAGGGGGAGAGUACAUUGAGUACACAGCACUGAACUGGUGCUGUGGGAACAUCCUCUUGCAUCAGCCAGAUGAUUCAUGAAUGGUGAUUUCUGUCCUGCAGCAAGCCGUAUUGGUGACCAGCAAGGAAGGGAUGGGAAGGGAACUGUAUGGCAAAAGUCUUACAAGGAGUCCAAAUCCUUCUCCUCUCCCUCAAUUCCUUUCCUCUCAUCUUUGCAUAUGAACGGAUAGGAUUUCCCAAUGCAGACAAUCAGCGGGACUUCGAAAAAACUAGAACUUCUGUCUAAUGAUAGCACCCUACCAAACCAAAGCUGAGCACCAAGUAUGUGUUCUGCUCUUGCAGAUCCCCCCAUUGGUGACCACAGUGAUAGCAGCACCAAUCUCAAGGCACCUUGUGUGUUAUUUCCUACCAUCGCUGAUAGAAACUUAUUGGUUGCUUCAUUGUCAUCCUGUGACCUGAUCCUGGUUUGAGGCUUGUUCCACGAGGGUAGGAGAGCCAUGCAGCUCCUUGCAUAGCAGCCACUCACACCUUUCCCUUUUUAGCUUUUAUCCUGCUGCAAGGUGAAGGUUAAUUCACACUCCUCCAUUCACUGUUUCCAUGUGGGGCUGCAGUUGCUGUUCAAUCAGGGAGGAAGGGCUAACUGGUAGCCUUUAUGGGCCAACUUUAGUUCUCGCCUUGAUGUGCAGAGGAUUGCAAAAGACUUCAAGAACCAUGGUUCUGUAAUGACAUAUACCCUCUAACUGCAGUCAGUUAUGUUGUUUUCCAAGGUAUACGUGAGUGUCUUCCAUUUUUCACAGAAACUUUGGGAGGUGGGCUAAAUUGAGAGCGAUUGUGUUAAAGCUGGUUUCAGAGGUCUAAAUUAAAUGCAAUGAAUGAGAGAUCAGAGACAAACACUGAUCUUUUAGCUUUCCUCUAAGAGUCGGGCAGUUGCAAAUUGUAGAAAUGCUGCAGCAGGUUCCCAGUGCCAGCUGCUAUUUUCUAUGUAAAUCACCUAGCCAAAUUCACCUUAAUUAAAAGAGAAAAAUCUUA